AUGGACUCCAAGUAUUACGAUCUCGACGUACCCCGUAAAACCGUCUCACCUGAACUCAUCGCCCGCCUUCUUGACUGCGAAUAUCUCUACAUUGCCAUCAGCACUGCGGUUAGCGUCGACGAAUUUAAUUUCAAAGACAAGAAAAGGUCUGCAAAAGAGGAUAGACAACGGAUGCGUGCUUCACUUGCUGAAAAAUUGACACCACUUACUGUCUCUGAACUUACAAGCCUUCUAGAACAGAGCAGGCAAUUUCGUUCAUCUUCAUCCUCUAAGCUACCCAUACUAACUCCGCCGCGCCUUUUCAACCGUCUCACGCUUACUUGUGUUGAAACUGACACAGCUAGUCUUUUUUUCAAGGAAUUUGAAGACAGCAUUCGCAAAUUUGACGUUGUUGCCUUUGAACCAAUGUCAUCAGCUGCUCUUACCUAUGUAACUGAAAGUCUUCCUUCACUACCCAUCGAUUUGAUCACGAUUAACCCGGCUCAAUCAUCAUGUAGUGAUUUUCGACCCACAAGCAAGCAGUGCGCUCAAUGCCUUCAGCGUGGCGUUUACUUUGAUCUCCCCCUUUCUCCUGCACUUUUCCGCUCAGGUGCUUUGCCUUCAGCGCGAAUAGCCGUUGCGACUUUGUUAACGCAUUUGGACUCAGUUUGUCGAUUCCACUUCUCACGUCUUGUCGUAGUUACCAGUGGAGCGCAAACGGGAUGGGAGGUGCGACGUCCCCAAGCGGUAGCCUCUGUGGUUUGUGCCAUCUGCCCUACAGUUGUGAAGGGAAGCGCUUUGGCGAUGCAACAAACUAAUCCUUGGCAAGCACUUUCUCAUGGUCUAACUCGUUGUGAAUCAAAAACGUCCAAUGGAGCCGCGAUCCUUUUACGUCUCCUUGCUGAUCCUUCAGUUGUUGAAGUUGUUCACACUUCCGUGUCGGAAGAAGCCAAUUUGUGUGAAGAAAAAUCCUCCACCGAGUAUACUCGCUGCACACCAAUCGAGCACAACGAGAGAACUAUGUGCCGUUUUUCCAAAACGAAGAAAAGGAAAGUAGAGUCAUCCUGA